AUGGGUUUGAGCCGAUACAUCAGCCGACGAUAUCAUUGGCUUGCACAGUAUCUUGCGUUGCUGUUCUGCUUGUAUUUAGUGUAUAUAUAUGUAUCGCCGCCAGAGCAGCAGCAGAUAAAAGCGCCGCUGGACGACAGUGUGAUAUUUGAUCCGCAAAAUUCAGAAGAACAUUCAAACGACGGCGAAAAAUCGGGAAAAGCAUUAGACCCGUUGGAAAAAUAUCGCGGGCAGCCGAAAAUUAAAUGGGAAGAUGAAGCGGCUUAUGAGCGCGAGAAGAGUCGAACGGGUCCCGGUGAAUGGGGAGCGCCGGUGAAGCUGCCGAAUGACAAGGAGAUUGAGAAAGAAGCGCUUGCUCUUUAUAAAGCGAAUGGCUACAAUGCGUAUAUAUCGGAUUUGAUUUCUGUGAAUCGAUCGAUUAAAGAUAUUCGCCAUCCGAAAUGCAAACAAAUGACGUACUCCAGCAAAUUGCCGACGGUUUCUGUCAUUUUUCCAUUUCAUGAGGAGCAUAACUCGACACUUCUGAGAUCGGUUUAUAGUAUUAUCAAUCGAUCGCCGCCGGAGAUUCUCAAGGAAAUCAUUCUUGUCGAUGAUUUUAGCGAGAAGCCGGCAUUGAAAAAACCGUUUGAGGAUUUGCUUAAAAGGAAUGGAAUCGAUCAUAUUGUUAAAAUGAUUCGAACGAAAAAGAGGGAGGGAUUGAUUCGAGCGAGGCAGAUCGGCGCCGAGAACGCGGUUGGAGAGAUUCUCAUAUUCCUUGACGCGCAUUCUGAAGCGAACUAUAAUUGGCUUCCGCCGCUUCUUGAUCCUAUCGCUGAAGAUUAUAGAACCGUCGUUUGCCCAUUCGUUGAUGUCAUCGACUGCGAGACGUACGAGAUUCGGCCGCAAGACGAAGGAGCACGAGGCUCAUUUGAUUGGGCGUUCAAUUACAAGCGAUUGCCACUUCGAAAGGCUGACAAGCAGAAUCCGACGGUGCCGUUUCCAUCGCCGGUGAUGGCCGGAGGCUAUUUUGCGAUAUCGGCGAAAUGGUUUUGGGAGCUUGGAGGCUACGACGAAGGUUUGGAUAUUUGGGGCGGUGAGCAGUACGAGUUGAGCUUCAAAGUUUGGCAAUGUCACGGACGAAUGGUGGACGCGCCGUGCUCGCGCGUCGCCCAUAUCUAUCGAUGCAAAUAUAUGCCGUUCAAAAACGCCGGCAUGGGCGAUUUUGUGUCGAGGAACUACAAGAGAGUCGCCGAGGUUUGGAUGGAUGAGUAUAAGGAGAUUCUGUACAAACAUCGGCCAGGAGUCGGCAAUGCGAAUGAAGGUGACUUAUCGCGAAUGAAAGAGAUCCGCAAGAAGCUCAAGUGUAAAUCUUUUGAUUGGUUCAUGAAGGAGGUGGCGUUCGAUCAGGACAAAUAUUAUCCGGCGGUUGAGCCGAAGGCAUCGGCUCAGGGUGAGAUUCGGCAUGUCGCCUCGAAAUUGUGCAUCGACACGCAGUUCAAAGAGCAGAACCAGAGGUUUGGUCUGAAGAAGUGCAUUUCGGAUGAUAAGGAUAUCGGUGGAGAACAGGACCUCCGAUUGACGCGUUGGCAUGAUAUUCGGCCGAAGGACCGAAAGAUUUGUUUCGACGUUUCGGCGAGCAACGAUCGGGCUCCGAUUAUCUUGUUUGAUUGCCACUCGAUGAAGGGCAACCAGUUGUUCAAAUAUCGAUUGCCGCAGAAGCAGAUUUACCAUCCGAUUUCUGGGCAAUGCUUGGCUGCGGAUGCGAAUGGCCAAGGAUUUUUGUAUAUGAAGCGAUGCGAUCCGAAAUCGGAAGAGCAGCAAUGGAAUUGGCAGACGGUUGAUGAGAAACUGCUUGAAGAGCGACAAGCGAAUGAGCCUAAGGAAUUUGAAUAA